CGUACAAAUUCACAAAGGAAGAAGAAAGGUAAUCGUCAUCUGUGCGCAUCUCAAAGUAACAGUCGUUAACAAAAAGGACGUCAGUGGUAGCAAAUAACUUAUAUUAUUCUUCUAUAAUCUUUGGUGGUAGGUAAGCGUUCCACGUAUAGUGUUGGGAACAUGGCGCCGAUACAACAAGAACCUGAGAUCCAGUUUGCUCAAAGAUUAGCAUCUAACGAGAAACAUAUCAGGACAAAAGCAAUAAAGAAGCUCAGAAAAUAUAUAAGUGUAAGGUCCCAGAGAAUCAAAGGUGGUUUCAGCAGGGAUGAGUUACUUAAACUAUGGAAGGGCCUUUUUUACUGUCUGUGGAUGCAGGACAAACCACUUCUUCAGGAGGAGCUGUCAAAUCAAAUUGCAGGCUUUCUGCACAACUUUCAAAGUGUUGACAGCCAGUUUCAGUAUCUGGAGACCUUCUUGCAGACUAUCAAGAGGGAGUGGACUGGCAUUGACAGAUUGCGCAUGGACAAGUUUUACCAGCUGGUUCGCUUGGUGUUCAGGCAGACUUUUGAGAUGCUAAAGAAGAAAGGAUGGGAGACAAGCGUACUUGCCAGGUUUUUGGAACUUCUCACAGCACAGGUCCUCCAAAGCACCAGUGGAGCACCUUGUGGACUUCUGUUUCACAUUAUGGACCUCUACAUGACAGAGCUGGCUGGCGUGGGGUCAGCUGAGCUCACUGCAGAACAAAAUUUGACCUUCAUCAAACCUUUCUGCAAGUCAGCAGCCAAAACCAAGGAUCGCAUCCUACUUAGAGCCAUCUGCAACAGCAUAUUUAGUGUCAUUGUAGAUCAGGCUCCAUUUGCUAUUGAUGAUCUAAUGAAAGAAAUGAAGAAUGCACGGACAGAAGAUUCAGAUUCAGGACAGGCAUCUGAGGAAGAGAAUGUGAAAACCAGAAGUGUUAAAAAACCCAGCAAGAAAUCUUCAGGAAAGCCAACAAAUGAUGAAGACGAAUCGUUCAACCUGGAGGAUGGCUUGGACAUUGAGUUACCAGACGACGAGGGAAUUGGACCGGUUCUCCAGUUUGAUUAUGGUGCCUUGGCAGACGAGCUGUUUCAGCUCGCCAGUCGUAACAACACUCCUAGCUUUAACCGCCAGAAACUCUACAAAGUUAUCAAAAUGCUGCGGGAUCUCAGCGAAGGAGCCUUUCCACAAGAUGAAUACCCAGAGGAGGUAUCAACGGAUGAGGAUGACGAUGAAAUGUUUGGCAGCAGAAAGAGGAUGAAGAGGGAGAUAGGCCUAGGGGAGAAGGAGGAAGAGAAUGGGGCUUCUGUUGGGGGUCAAAGGGCACUCGAGAUGGCCCUUCUGGACUCAAUAGCCGACUGCUUUCAUUUUUCCUGAACUUUGUAUGGCACGUUUGUCAAUAAAUGAAAUAUCAAAGGUAAAUAAUAUCAAAAAUACAGACUAUGAAUCAAAAGUCAGUCUUGGAAAACAAAUAAUUAUAUUGGACAGAUGUCCCUGUCUAUUGGACAUAAUAAAAAAAAUAGAGCUGCCUGUAAAUGGUGUCUUGCCUGCAGUUUUGUUGUUUUUCAGGCCAAAUGUUACCUUCUUGGAUUCAGAUUUUGGUAUCUGGCAAUUCUGUAAGACUUUUUUUGUAAGUUU